AUGUCAGUAGUCUCUCGAAUUUCUUUCUUUCCUUUUUCUUUUUUCUUUCUUUCUUUCUUUCUUUCUUUCUUUCUUUUUUCUUUCUUUCUUUCUCUUUUUCUUUCUUUCUUUCUUUCAAGACCACUCGUAUUUAUGGAUGCACUAUUGAUUUUUGUUCUUCCGUUUUUCUCUUUUCUUAAAAUAUUGCUUCCUUCCUUCCUCACCUCCCUCCUUCCUUACUUCCUAUCUAUCUAUCUAUCUAUCUAUCUAUCUAUCUAUCUAUCUAUCUAUCUAUCUAUUUCAGACGGUUUCUUCCUUUAUAUCUAUCUGCCUCGUGUUCUUUCUUUAGAACCUUUUCUAAAUUAUUCACGUUCAUUUUUGUUUUCUCUUUGUUCACUUCUUUUACUCCAUCUCCACCUUAACAUUAGCUUCCUCUCGUCUUCUCGCUUCUCUGUUUUCUUAAUUAAUCUUGUCUCCCUUUUUCUUCUUUUUGUCUCUUCUUUUUCUUCUUGUCUCUUCUUUUUCUUCUCUUACAAUUUUGUCUUCGACCCUCUUCAUUUUUUUUCUUUCUUUCUUUCUUUCUUUUUUUCUUUCUUUCUUUCUUUCUUUCUUUCUUUCUUUCUUUCUUUCUUUUUAUGCCUAGGUGUUUUCUUUUCUUUUCUUCCAUCCUGUUCGUCUUUCUUUCUUUCUUUCUUUCUUUCUUUCUUUCUUUCUUUCUUUCUUUCUUUCUUUCUUUUUAUGCCUAGGUGUUCCUCUUUCUUUCUUUCUUUCUUUCUUUCUUUCUUUCUUUCUUUCUUUCUUUUUAUGCCUAGGUUCGUUUUCUUUUCUUUCUUUCUUUUCUUUCUUUCUUUCUUUCUUUCUUUCUUUCUUUCUUUCUUUUUUAUGCCUAGGUGUUCCUUUUCUUUCUUUCUUUCUUUCUUUCUUUCUUUCUUUCUUUUUUCAUGCCUAGGUGUUUUCUUUUCUUUCUUCUAUCCUGUAUACAUUGAUUCCGUAGGUUCGUUUUUCUUUCUUUCUUUCUUUCUUUCUUUCUUCUCAUCUGGACCCUUCCUGCUUCUGGUGUUUUAUGCAUAUUUUUCUAUUUCUUCUUUUUCUCUUCCUUCUCAUUCCAAUUUUUAUCUUCUUCUUCUUCUUCUUCUUCUUCUUCUUCUUCUUCUUCUUCUUCUUCUUCUUCUUCUCCUCCUCCUCCUUCUUCUUCUCCUUUUUCUUCUUCUUCUUCUUCUUCUUCUUCUUCUUCUUCUUCACUCGCCUUUUAUCUUGUGUGCUCUUCUUUUACUUCCUUUCCUACACCUUCCUCAUCCAAACUUUGUUCAGUUUUGUUUUCACUUUCUCAUUACAGUUUUUUCCUUCUUCUUCUUCUUCUUCUGGAGUUUUAUCUAUAUACUUCUACUUUUUCUUCCUUUUCAUCUUCCAAACUUUUUUUGGCAUAUUCUUUUUCUCGUCAUCUUUUGUCCCUUAGAUUCUAUUAGAAACUCCUGUCAUAGUGUACUUUUCUCCUUCUCUUCCCUUAUUCGUUAUUUGUUGUUUGUUUGUUUCGAAAUAUUAUACUUUCUUUUUUUCUUCUUUCUUCCCGUUUUUUUUUUCGUUUUUUUUUUAUUCACGUUCAUAUCAUCUACCUUCAAUGAGCUCACCUUUCUUUCAUUCUUAUCUGUCUUCACUUCCUCUAUUUCCGCUUGUCACUUUCGACUUCUCCUAAAUCUUUCAAGGUCGUUUCCUUUAUCGGCAAACAAAAUAAAUCCUGGCCCUCCCUUUGCAAGAUGCAGUUCAGUACUCAGGUUCUUUCUCAAAUUCAUUUCCUUUCUUAGGUGUUUUCCCGAUAUCCGUUUUAACGACUUUUCAUUUUCUUCUUUUCCAGCCCUUUUUUUCAUUCUCAUUUCUCAUCGCUGGCUUCAUUUGACAUCCACCGUGAUGCCUUUUCUUUUAUAUUCAACAUCAUCCCAGUCAAAAGUAAACCUGCUUCGCGUAUUCAGAACUAAAAUAAACAAGGAAAUACUUGAUUAUAUUGGCAGAUACGGUGUUUCUAUUGAACAGUCGGCCAUUCCUGCCCUGGUGGGGCCAGCAAGCUUUGCUCUUUUGCCAUCUAAACGAUCGGUCCGAGCUGAACACGGACAAAUUCGAACCAAAUUCCAAUAUGGAAGUUUAACAUGGCAUAGCUUUCAGCUGACAAAUAUUUAUCGAAUGUUAAGACCUUUUCAGGCCAUUUCUUUCAACACCGACUGCAGUUUGUAUGACCUAACGAAAACUUCUCCCAUCAUUUCCAAAAACCCAAUCAUCUUUUGCCAAGGUAACUUUCUUUUAUAA